GAAUUAUUAAACAAAAUGUAAACUUAGUUCAUUUGAAAAGAACUGUCAUUAUUUUGUCAUGUAGUUUGUCUUCUGUUUAUAUUGAUCAUUAUUUAAGGUUAUCCCCUUGAAUUGGUUUUAAACAGUAACAAUUAAAUAAAAAUAGACCAUUCACUUUGACAAGAACAGUUGUAUAGAGUUGUAUAAUAUUACUAGAGUCACACAUUCUAAAUGUUGCCUGUUAAUGUCAAGUGUUUUUUAUGAGCCUUGGUCAACAUUAGAUUCCACUGGAAACUAGUCUGUUUUUUGGUAUCCAUUUAAGGUAAGGUUUGUUUCAGAAAGUCAUGAUUACAUAAGAAUAUCAUGAUUCAGGGUUUAAAGGUUGGUUUUAUAAGUUGGUUUUUUUUUUUUUUUUUUGGCACAUUUAAGACAGUGUCCUGGAAUUGGUGCCCAAACAAUUUUAAGUGUGGUAUGAGCUAUUUAUGUCACUGAGUAAAAUUAGAGAUGCCUGUUACUAAUAUGAGGGGAAUGAAAUCUGAGACAAGGCUAAACAUGUGAGAGCCUUUUCUUCCGGGCAGAGCUGGUGGAGUUUAAGUCCUUCACUUUCAUUCUACAAGUAAUGGGAAAGUUUGAAACAUUUGGUCUUGGAUACCCUCAAGCUGACUAAAGUUAGUGUGCUUUUCUAAUACAUCUAAGAUGGUACGUCAACAGUACAUUACAACCACAGAAGGCACCCACAUUGAGAGGCCAGAGAAUCAGUCUAUCUACAAAAUUGGCAUUUAUGGCUGGAGAAAGCGUUGCCUCUAUUUAUUUGUUCUUCUCUUGCUCAUCAUUCUUCUGGUGAAUUUUGCUCUCACAAUUUGGAUUCUGAGAGUGAUGUGGUUUUUCCCAACAGGAAUGGGUCACUUGCGUGUUAUAAAAGAUGGACUUCGUCUAGAGGGAGAAUCAGAAUUUUUAUUCCCAUUGUAUGCCAAAGAAAUACACUCCAGAAUGGAUUCAUCUCUGCUUCUACAGUCAACGCAGAAUGUGACAUUAAAUGCACGAAACUCUGAAGGAGAGGUCACAGGCAGAUUAAAAGUGGGUCCCAGAAUGGUAGAUGUCCAGAGUCAACAGUUUCAGAUCAACAACAAGGAUGGCAAGCCACUGUUUACUGUUGUAGAAAAGGAAGCGGUAGUUGGUGUAGAUAAACUUCGAGUAACUGGUCCUGAAGGGGCUCUUUUUGAACAUUCAGUGGAGACACCCCUUGUAAGAGCUGACCCAUUUGAUGACCUUACAUUAGAAGCCCCAACACGGAGUCUAAGCAUGGAUGCCCCAAAGAGUAUUCAUAUUAAAGCUCAUGCUGGGAAAAUUGAGGUCCUUUCUCAAAUGGAUAUCAUUUUUCAUAGUAGUGAUGGAAUGCUUGUGCUUGAUGCUGAAACUUUGUUUUUACCCAAGUUAGUUCAUGGGACUUGGAGUCCUGCUGGCAGCUCACAAAAACUUUAUGAAAUUUGUGUGUGUCCAGAUGGAAAGCUUUACCUGUCUGUAGCUGAUGUGGAUACCACAUGCCACGAAUACAGUCAUAUCUGUCUGUAACCUGUCUGCAUCUUCCACACAGCACCUGCCUCAUUUCAAUGAACACGUCAAUGAAUGUUUAAGUGCUGACAUCAUGCCGUCACACUUAGAAUGCAACCUGACACCCUCUAAUGUGUAGACAGCACACAGUGACAGAAGACCAAACUCUCAAAAGGAACUCAGAAAGAAAAAUAAACCAGUGAAAAUGUCUGGAUAAAACUAGGUGAUUUCAAAGUGGCAUGUGGAUGUUAGACACAGAAAAGAAUAUCAAAAUAGUAUGCCUAUCCCAGUAGGUUGAUGUCACAGGGAAAUGUCAGGUUU